GGUUUGUGAGUUCAACUCAUCACAUAGUUUUCAUGUUUGCCGUAAACAUGAAGUGGAUUAUUCUGUAUAUGCUGUCCUUGUGCCUCCUGGUGAAUUCAAAGCCACUCGAAUCGACUGAAUCCUCGAGCGAAGUGAUCCGAGGUGAUCAGGGAGACUCCAAGGUCACAAGAACGAUGGAAAUUGAAAACCUUAUACCCUCGCUUUCCGAUGACGACGUGUCCGACGAUGCGAAAGAAAUUGUGAAUGAAAAAUCAACGGUGGAAUUCGCCAACAUCCAGCCGACCGUGAAUCCGUCUCCUCCAUCUUCUUCUCCUCCACCGCCCAAUCCGCUCCUCGCACUGCUGCAACCGCUGAUUAAAAACAUUCAAUUCUCACCACAAAAAUUCUGGUCCGAUCGCCUCAAGCAGUUGAGAGAGACACUCGCCAGUUACGGAAUUACGGUGCCGAAUAAUUUCGGAUUCAAUCAGACCUCGUUGGGGAGACAAUUGGGAUCAAACGGCCUGUUUCACGUUGCGGGGCUCAGUGAUGACGGGUUCUACACGGACAGACUCGAGCCAGCUGGUUUUUUCAGUGGUAACGGAUGGUUCGCGAACAAGGGCGGCUUACUGGGCGGACCAGGUGCUAUUUUUUCCACUGGAUCCAUUCUCACGGAUUAUCCCACGCCCUACAAAAAAUAA